AUAUCACCUGUGAACAGGAACGACAAUCCCCUUCACUUUCAUUUUCACUUUGCCAAACACAAAAAAUAGAGCUCAAAAUAACCAAGUCAUCCUGUUCUGAAAUAUCACAUGACAGCAAUGUCAGAUUCUGGAAGAUUCUCAUCGGUGGAUUAUGAAAUAUACGGAAGUGUCCAAGGUGUUUUUUUUCGACAGUAUACAUUAGAUAAAGCACAAUCAGUAGGAGUAGUAGGCUGGGUGAUGAAUACAGAAGCAGGAACUGUCAAGGGAACAUUUCAAGGAACCCAGUCUCAAGUUAAUGAAAUGAAACAUUUUGUCAGCAAAGUAGGCAGUCCCAUGAGUCAAAUAACUAGAGCAGUUUUUACCAAUGAAAGAGAACUAGUACAAAAAGACUACAAAAGAUUUUCUGUGUCCGGUGGAGACUGGUAACAAAGGAUAAAUCUGUUUUGUGAUGUAUUUGUUCAAAUUCCAGUGUGUUAGGUGAUCUUUAAAAUGGUUUUUGUGACUUAUCAAUGUAUGUUUGACUGAAAAUCACUUAUGAUUGAAACAUUGUCAUAAAUGAUCUGUUUCUUAUGUCCCAACAGCUUUUUGUUGAUGUCAUAAAACAACCACUUUUGCAUUGCUGCUUCAAGACAUUUUCUCUGAUGUCAACAUUUUGUAAAAAUGUUUGUGAUGGGCAGUAUUGGCCACAGAUAGUGAUAAGGUUGUGGUUUAUGUUGGCCUUUUGGGAAAAGAGGAUUGUUGACUUUUUGGAUAAAAGAUGGUACAUCUUUAAAUCAUAGGUAUCCUACCUUUACCAAACUUAAAGGAAACUUUUUUAUAUUUUGGCGUACAUCAUCUUUUGGUGUUUCUGUGAUGUUUUGCAUAUACGUGUGUAUAAAUUAACUCUGUUAUUAUUGAAUCUCUGCGAAUCUCUAUGAAUCAAAAGGUUAAAUGUUAAAAGUUACAAUGACUUUAACAUUUGGUUUGAUUUCAUUUGCUGACUUUUGGCUUGAAACAACUUGUAAAAGGAGAAAGAUCACUACCAAUUUUGACAUUAGUUCAAAGCCUACAUGAAGACUGUUUUUUGUUUUGUUUCUCAAACCAGAACUUCUACAUCUUAAGCUUUUUUUGUCAAUUGUUUUCAUAAUAUGUUUUGCAUUUUUGUAGGUAUGUCCAAAAAAAAAUAACAAGCAUAUGUUAUAGUGAAAUAUGCUUUUUUUAAUAUGAACAUUUUUUCUUUACUGUUGUCAUGGUGUUUGUUGUACAUGCAUUUGGUAUUACAUUUGUAUUUGUCUGUGAAGCAUUUGUUGGCUGGGUUAGUUAUAACUUAUUUUAUAAUGUGAAAGUGAAUUUAAUUUCUAUAUUUAUGUCAUGUUUAAAACAUAUACAUAUCAGAGUUUUAUUAACAAAUGUACCUUAUAUUGAUUUCUGAUCUAACUUGUACAUUUUUCUCUUGAAAUAGUAAAAGGAAAUGAUAUGAAAUAUUCUGUCAAAAAUCACAAAUGCAUUACAGGUAUAUGUACAACAGAUUUAGAAACAUGUUGAAAUGCUUCUUAAAUCUGGUAUACACAUUAUUUUAAGGUAAACCUACAGUAUUAUAGUUGAGACAAGUGGUGUUCAUUUUACUGUUAUGUUCACUUAUAUAUUUAUACAAUGUUUUUAUAUUUUAUUAAAGUUUUUUUCCACUUUUAUAGAUGAAAGUUUUUUUUAUAGUUUAUUGUGUUUGAGCAACUCCCGGAAGUCCAAAAUGCUGAGAUUUUUAAGAAUCUUUGUAGAUAACAUCUUUCUGGAGUUGCGUCACAGAAAACAUAUAGAUAAUUAUGCCACAUAAGAUUGGGCAAAUCUUGAAUUUUGAUUUUGGUGCCAAAGAUAGAUUGAUUUAUUGAUACAAAAAGCUGCUUUUAAAAUUUGUCAAUACAUAAUAAUUAAAUAUCAGAUGAGGUGAAUUCUUAAAAUGUUCAAAAGUGUGUAUUUAUAGGAUUUUGCUCCUAAGGAACUUAAGUUUUAUGAUAGAAACUUUGAGGAAAUAUAAGUCAACUGCUCCUCAAUACACACUGCUGUAAAGAUACUACAAAAAGAAA